UUGCUAGGCAAAAGCUACGGUGUGCUUGGAUUAGCAGUAUAGAUCAUGCUAAACACACGAAACCCUUCGUACAGAGGAGGUUAAGUUUGAAGGUAGCCCAAAAAUCGGCUCACAGACAGAACUAUGCCCGAAGACAGCAUGGACAAACCGAGUAUAGUUACGUGCACCGCUCCUGUGAAUAUAGCUGUCAUUAAAUACUGGGGGAAGAGGGAUGAAGAUUUAAUUUUACCCAUCAAUUCAUCUAUGAGCGUCACUUUGCAUCAAGACCAGUUGAAAACGACAACAACAGUUGCAAUCAGCCGAUCCUUUCAGGAGGACAGACUGUGGCUCAAUGGCAAAGAGGAGGACAUUACCCAUCAAAGACUGCAGUCCUGUCUGAGGGAAAUCAGACGAUUAGCGAGGAAGAGACGUAAUGAUGGAGACGCUCGUGCGACUGAUUCAGUGGGAUUGUCUCAUAAAGUCCACAUUUGCUCUGUUAACAACUUCCCCACUGCUGCUGGACUCGCCUCUUCCGCAGCUGGAUUUGCUUGUCUUGUUUAUACUCUGGCUCAGGCAUUCGGUGUGGAAGGAGAGCUGUCUGGGAUUGCUCGUCAGGGCUCAGGCAGUGCCUGCAGAAGCAUGUAUGGCGGGUUUGUCCAGUGGAUCAUGGGAAGCAAAGAGGAUGGGAAAGACAGUGUAGCCCAGCAGGUGGAGCCAGAGAGUCACUGGCCUGAGCUCAGGAUUCUUGUUCUAGUGGCUAGUUCUGAACGGAAACCAAUAGGGAGCACCUCUGGGAUGCAAACCAGUGUACAAACAAGUUUACUGUUACAGCACCGAGCAGACGCCAUCGUCCCACGUCGGAUGGUAGAUAUGAUCGAAGCAGUGCGAAAAAAGGAUUUUCCUGCAUUUGCAGAGCUGACCAUGAAGGACAGCAACCAGUUUCAUGCCACCUGUCUUGACACCCACCCACCUAUCUUCUACCUCAACAGUGUCUCCCAGCAGAUCAUUCACUUGGUGCAUCGGUAUAACAAAUACUGUGGGGAGACCAGGGUGGCCUACAGUUUUGAUGCAGGUCCCAACGCUGUGAUCUUCACUCUGCAGCAGUUUGUUCCAGAGUUUGUGCAGCUGGUUCAGCACUUCUUCCCCCCAGACAGAAAUGGAGAAGAUUUUAUUAGAGGUCUUCCCGUCAAGUGUGCUGCUCUUCCCAUGGAGCUGAAGCAGAAUAUUGGCCUAGAGCCCGUUCCAAAGGGAAUCAACUACAUAAUUAGCACAAAGGCUGGACCAGGCCCUCGUGUUGUUGACGAUCCGUCUGAGCACCUCCUCUCAGCAGAAGGUUUACCAAAGAAGACAGUCUGAGAAGCCUCUUACCCCAAGAAGCUAAUUCUGCUCAGCGGCAAUAAAGCUUACUCAGGAGAUCUGAAAUUUACAAGAUGAAGCAUUUUAUUUCUAUUUUGUAUAAAAAAAAGAAUCUGUUUUUUAUAAGAUUUUACCACACAGUAAGUCCCUUUAAAAAGUUCCUCAUCAAUCUGAAAACACUCAUUUCUCAAAUUCCUGUGUAGCUCUCUACAUUUUUUUUAAAUGUGUUGUUAGCUACAAAGUCACAUUGUGAAUAAAUGUGUACUCUGGCACCAAGUUCAUACUUUGUUUUUAUUUUAAAGUGUAAAUCUAGUCAAGGUUUAAUUCUUCUGGAUUCCUUGAAAUUUUAUGUAUUUUUCAUAAAUAUUUUUAUUUUAAUUAACUUCAGCGAUGUUGAUGCAAAUAAUAAAAUUUUUCCAAGUUCUGUGUUUACUUAUUUUUUUUGUUAAAAAUGUCAUUUAAAUGCCAUUUAAACUAAAUUGAGCUAUCUCUGCACUUUUUGGCAUUUUUUGUUUAAAUUUGAUUUUGAUACUUUCUGUAUGAUUUUCCAUUUCGGGGUGUUGAAAUACCUUUAAAUGUCAUGUUUUAUUGUCCAUAUGGUGAAGAUUUGUUCACAUUUCAUGCAAAUAUAGCAGUUUGGAUAUUAUUCCAUGUCAGGUUUUUGUUUUUAAAGAUAAAAUGGAAUUGUUGAAACGUACAUUUAAGGGUUUCAAUAUUCAUUACUAGUUUUGUAUAGUGAGAACCAUAUCUGGUUUGUCCCAAUAGCUACUAAUAAUCCUCUCUUCCUUCAAUAAAGAUUCUGCAAGUUAGAAAAACAUCUUCCUUAUUGAAGAGAACACCAGUAAAACAUUCUACUGGUAAAUAAAAGUUAUACAUAAAAAAAAUG